GUACUGAGCUGCAUCUUGUCCAAGUAUCCUCAUUGCCAUUUAUAAGUUUGCAACGCAUUCCCAUAGAUGCUUUUCUGCCAACGCUCAGUGCUCGCGUUUGCUCUGGGCUUGCUGACGUCCACCUCGACGGUGUGCGCAGUCUUGUCUUCGUCCCGCGCGGACCGCGUCGACGAAGGACUUCAUGCUCGAGGGCACUCUCACGGCAAUUCGGGUCGCACCCACGGCAAUUUCGGUCCCAGCGUCAGGCACCAGAAGUUCAAACAUGGGGUCUCCCCAGAGCAGCCUUUCGUGACGCCGCUCACCGCUACUCCUGUGGAAGGCAGCCGCCUCGAAGCCGCCGUGAAAUACGCGUCCGACGAAACAGGCGUACCGCUCGCGGAUAUCAGGAUCUCCAGCGAACAUACAAGUGACCACAACGGCGUGACACACGUAUACUUGCAGCAAUAUGCAGAUGGGCUUGAGAUCGUCAACGGCGUUGGGAAUGUCAACCUUGACAGAUCAGGACAAGUUAUCUCGUUUGGCGACUCCUUCUACAAGAACACGGUAAAGCUUUUGUCACAAGACGCGACGGGUCAGCUCUAUACGGCAGACACUUCCGGUCAAAUCGUCCUAUCGUAUAAUCCUCCAUCAGUAGCCGAACAUCUUCAGCUUGGACCUUUGGAGGCCGUACAAGCGGUCACCAAGCUUUUGAAUAUUGAGUUUGACGACGCCCUCCUCCAAGAAGCUCCCAUUGAUCAGUUCGCCCCUGGAUCUGGUCAAGUUCCGUCCUUUGUGAUUUCGGGUGCCUCAUUCGCAGAACGCGAUAUACCCGCGAGGCUUAAAUGGAUCCAAGAAAGCGACGGCCAGCACCUGAAACUGGUAUGGGAUCUCGAGAUUGAGAUGCAGGAUAACUGGUACAACGCUUUCGUCGACACCGUUCAAGGCGAAGUUGUUCAAUUGAUCGAUUGGGUGUCGGAUGCCUCAUACAACAUCUUCCCUCUCGGCACCAACGAUCCCCAUUCUGGAGACAGAGUGCUUGUCAAGGAUCCCGCCCACCCUGUGGCGUCCCCUAUGGGCUGGCACAACCAAGGAUCCGGCGGCAAACACACAGUUACCAUCGGAAACAAUGUGUACGCGCAUGAGAACUUGGCGGGAAGUUCGAGAUGGGUCGACAACCACCGUCCGGACGGCACAUCAUCCUUGACGUUUGACUUCCCUAUCAACUUCGAGAAAUCUCCUUCAACCUAUGUCGAUGCUGCCAUCACCAACCUAUUCUACUGGAACAACGCCAUCCACGACCUGCUUUAUAUGUACGGGUUCGACGAAAAGGCAGGCAAUUUCCAGCACGACAAUGUCGAGCGUGGAGGGAAAGGCAAUGAUGCUGUGAUUGCCAAUGCUCAAGAUGGCUCGGGUUACAACAAUGCAAACUUCGCAACCCCCCGUGAUGGCCAGCAGCCUCGCAUGCGCAUGUAUGUGUGGGACGUGACAGACCCUUUCCGCGAUGGAGAUCUCGAGGGUGGCAUUGUGAUGCACGAAUACUGCCACGGGCUCUCUACGAGGCUGACCGGUGGACCCGAGAACGUUGGCUGUCUUGGUUGGGGCGAGAGUGGCGGUAUGGGUGAGGGAUGGGGCGACUUCUUCGCCACGGUCACUCGCACGACGUCCACCUCGACGCGUCAGGAUGACUUCGGCAUGGGAGAGUACGCCAACGGCGGCCACGGAAUCCGUAGAUACCUGUACUCCACGAACAUGACUACGAACCCAUCCACUUACGCCUAUAUCGACAAGCCUGGAUACUGGGGCGUGCACGCAAAAGGAGAAGUCUGGGCUGAGAUCCUCUACGAGGUGUAUUGGAACCUCGUCGACGAGCACGGUUUUGACCCUGACUGGUUCAACACUGGCCUGAAGGUUAAAGACGCUGCCAUCCCUUCUCAAUACAGGGACUUCAAGACCGGUCAAAUGUUGCCGCGCCCUCGCACCAGUAGUGCCAACAAAACGCCCAAAAAGGCCGGCAACAUCAUCGCCCUUCAGCUGGUCGUCGAUGGCAUGAAGUUGCAGCCUUGCAACCCUACUUUCGUCGACGCUCGCGACGCCAUCCUCCAGGCCGACGAGGUUAACAACAAGGGUGAGAACCUCUGCGCGAUCUGGAAAGGCUUCGCUAAACGAGGUCUCGGAGUCGCUGCGGUUUCAGGCGGACGGGAAGACUUCGGAGUUCCGAAAGGAUGUGAUUCUAAGUAGGCUUGCGGGUUGGUUUAUGGGAAGGACAGUCGGGACGACGCGUGUUCGGUGAUACUCUCUGCACUUUUCUCUUCUUCUCCAAGUUAGACUAGUAGUAUGGCGUCCCCUUUGUGUAAUCUUUUUCCUUUACUCUGUGCUUCAAGUACG